AUGGACGGACAGGGCACGCGAUCAGUUAUGGUGAUCGUUGCAGUGUAUGUGGCUCUAUAUCUGGCCUUCAUACACGAAUUAGUCGCAGAUCAAAAUGCCUCAAAUGCCCUAAGCGGCUUCUUGAAAUCGCUUGCCAUAGACAUUAGAGUUUUUCGUUUUGGGAAGGGAUCCCGGGGAACAGGCGGCGAUGAAGUGUAUGGCCUUGCUCAGUGCAGGGCUGACUUAACUCUCUCUCACUGUUUCCAAUGUUUUAAAGAUGCACGGAAACAACUCUCCCAAUUUUGUCCCACCCAAAAUGGAGGACGAGUGUAUAUUGACGGAUGUUUCCUGCGUUACGAGAAUGCUACAACUUUUACCCAGCCUUAUGACACCGACCAUACUGAUUGUGGCUCUUCCUCCAAAAGCAGCGCAGAUAAUUUUUCAGAGAAAACAGUGAAAUUGCUUAGAGAGACCAUUCGCAGAGCACAGCAAUUCUUGCGAAGAGCUGUCAAGGUUCACAGAGAAGCUUCAACGAGGCAGGCUCACAGAAGGGUUUGA